CAGGUUCAAUACGUUGUCGUUUUAAUUUCAACUACCAAAACUUGCCCAAGCUUAUUAGUUCAAGGGUUUCUUCACGUCAAUUUGUCCCGAAGAAAGAAACAAGCUCGAAAAAGAUCGAAUUGUAAAAAGUUCGAGGUUUAAUACUCAGGAAAAUUUCAGAAUAUCAUGACGCCUGUAUUUUGUGGGAAUUUGGACUUUGAUGCUCGUCAAUCUGAUAUCGAACGCCUCUUUAGAAAAUAUGGGAGGGUCGACAGAGUGGAUAUGAAAUCAGGCUUUGCUUUCGUCUAUAUGGAAGAUGAGCGUGAUGCAGGGGAUGCAAUAAGGAAACUUGACAGAUCUGAGUUCGGCAGAAAAGGACGCCAACUACGUGUUGAGUGGACCAAGCAAGAACGUGGUGGCAGAAAUCCUGACAGCUCAAGGAAAUCUUCAGCCAAUGCGAAGCCUUCGAAAACCUUAUUUGUUAUUAACUUUGACCCUGUCAAUACAAGGACCAGGGAUCUUGAAAGGCAUUUUGAACACUAUGGGAAGAUAUCAAAUGUCAGAAUCAGAAGGAAUUUUGCAUUUGUGCAAUUUGAGUUGCAGGAAGAUGCUACCCGAGCACUUGAAAGUGCUAAGAUGAGCAAGUUCAUGGACCGGGUUAUUUCUGUGGAGUAUGCAACACGGGAUGAUGAUGACAAAAGAAAUGUCUCUAGCCCUGAUAAAAGGGGUCGGGACAGGUCCCCACCCAAUGGAAGAAGCUAUGGUCGCGGUGGACGCUCCCCAAGUCCAUACCAUAGGGAAAGAGGCAGCCCUGAUUAUGGGCAUGGCACUGCACCUAAUUCUCGAUCCGAUCGAAGAAGCAGCCCUGACUAUGGCAGAGCCGUAAGCCCGGUCAACGAUAGAUAUAAAAGCCGCUCGCCUCGUGCUCGUGAAAGAUCUCCUGUUCGUGAAAGAUCUCCUCCCGUUCGUGAAAGAUCUGACUCUUGAUUAAGAAGAGCUGUUGAAAGAAUUUGGUGGUUAUUCGGUCUGUUCGGUUAGCAGCCCUUGUGAAUCACUGUUAUGGACAGUUUCCAGCUCGGUAUUUGGUUUAAAUGUUAUGUUGUUCGCUAGAGAUUCACCACUCCAUGUAGUGUUGCUUGCUUAGAGAUUUUGCAUGAAAACUUAUCUACUAGACUACUAUAAGUCUGUAACUCUGCAUUUUAUUAAGUAGUAUGUGCUUUCUAA